CAGCACAAAAGAAUGGCCGCAAACAGCUGGUUCUCGGUGCUCACCUCCACCGGCGGCUCUCUUACAUCUCACCGUCUCUUUUCAACAUCACUAAGACCCUCUUCUUUCUUCAUUCCUAAAGCUGAUUCCCAAAAUCAAAACCAUAAGAGAAAAGUUCUCAACAAGUCAUCCUCCUCUCCUCCUGAGAAAGUAGCUGGUAAACAGAAGUUUUCACGGAGAUCAAAAAAUGAAGGGCCUUUUGCAAAUGCAGAUGGCAGGAGUAGUUCAAGUGAAACAGGACGAUCUCAAUCAACAGCAAUUAAAUCAUUUGGUCUGCAGAAAAAAGGGAAAGGAAUUAUGUUAGAUUCAAAGGACCAGCAGGUAGAAACUGGCAGCAUUCAAGAUGCAGCUUUUCUUAAUGCUGUUGUGAAGGUUUACUGUACACAUACUGCUCCAGAUUAUUCCCUUCCUUGGCAGAAACAAAGACAGUUCACAAGUACUGGAAGUGCUUUCAUGAUUGGUGAUGGGAAGCUCUUGACGAAUGCGCAUUGUGUUGAACAUGAUACACAGGUCAAAGUGAAGAAAAGGGGAGAUGACACAAAAUAUGUUGCUAAGGUUCUAGCUAGAGGGGUAGCGUGUGACAUAGCUUUGCUAUCCGUGGAAAGCAAGGAAUUCUGGGAGGGAGCUGAGCCCCUUAGUUUUGGACGGUUGCCUCGUCUGCAGGAUGCUGUAACUGUGGUUGGCUAUCCACUUGGAGGAGAUACAAUCUCUGUGACAAAGGGGGUGGUGUCAAGAAUUGAGGUUACAUCAUAUGCUCGUGGAUCAUCUGAGCUGCUGGGCAUUCAAAUAGAUGCAGCAAUAAAUCCUGGUAAUAGUGGUGGUCCUGCAUUCAAUGAUGAUGGAGAUUGCAUUGGAGUUGCAUUUCAGGUUUACAGAUCCGAUGAUGCUGAAAAUAUUGGUUAUGUAAUACCUACUACAGUUGUAUCUCAUUUUUUGGAAGACUACGAGAGGAAUGGGAAGUAUUGUGGCUUUCCUUGCCUUGGGGUGUUGUUGCAAAAAUUGGAAAAUCCAGCGCUACGUGCCUGCUUAAAAGUGCCAUCUAACGAGGGUGUACUCGUCCGGAAAGUUGAGCCCACUUCUGACAUCAGUAAUGUUGUGAAAGAGGGCGAUGUCAUUGUUAGCUUUGAUGGUGUUCAUGUUGGGUGUGAAGGAACAGUGCCGUUUCGAUCAAGUGAACGUAUAGCUUUUCGCUAUCUCAUUAGUCAAAAAUUCACUGGUGAUUCAGUUGAGCUUGGUAUCAUUAGAGCGGGAGAAUUUAUGAAAGUUCAAGCAGUUUUGAAGCCGCGUGUGCAUUUGGUUCCUUAUCACAUAGAAGGUGGUCAGCCUUCAUACCUAAUAGUUGCAGGCUUGGUGUUUACCCCACUAUCCGAACCACUAAUAGAGGAAGAAGAAGAUAGCAUUGGGCUAAAACUAUUGACCAAGGCUCGAUACUCUUUGGCCAAGUUCGAAGGUGAACAGAUUGUUGUACUAUCUCAGGUCUUGGCAAAUGAAGUAAAUAUUGGAUAUGAGGAUAUGAGCAAUGAGCAGGUCUUGAAGUUGAAUGGCACCCGAAUUAAAAACAUUCACCAUUUGGCUCAUCUUGUAGAUUCAUCCAAGGGCAAAUAUUUAGUGUUUGAAUUUGAAGACAAUAUUCUGGUGGUUCUGGAAAGGGAGGAAGCCAUGUCUGCCUCAGCUAGUAUUCUCAAAGACUACGGCAUUCCAGCUGAAAGAUCAUCAGAUCUUCUGGGACAGUAUGUUGAUUCCACCAUUGAACAAAGUGAAGCAACCAAUCACGGUGAAUUUGGCUAUGAAGGGCUUCUUUGGGCUUGAUCACUUAACAUAUGAAGCUUGAUCUUGAUUCUCACUUGAAGGCAGCCAUCUUCCAAAGUGUUUCAUGAAUAAGAUGGUUAUUCUUGCAGAAAAAGAUCUAUUGUCACAUUUGUAAACUUGACAGGGGGAAGAACUCAGAUAAACAGGCAAAAUCUGCAUGGUGACUCUACACAACAGCGCUUACUUGGCUACCUCCUUUGGUUUUAAAACAAGAUUGGCCCGCAAAG